AUGGUGCGGUCUCUGAUCGUGGCCGCGCUAGCCGCUGGCUUCGCCAAUGUGGCUUUGGCACACAACAUUGAGGUGCCCCCUUGCGGCCAGGAAUGCAAAACGCUUGAAUACGUUGGCUGUGUCAAAGAUGGCAGCCCCUCGGCUCUCAUCAUGCGAUCGAACCAAGAUCAGGGCCAGAUGACGGUUGAGAAGUGCGGUGCCGUCUGUAAGGGAAAUGGUUUCCGAUACGCUGGCCUCAAGUACUAUGGCAUCUGCUUCUGUGGCAACACCCUGGGCGGCUCGCCCGCAGACGAGGGCUCAUGCUCGUAUCCCUGCAGUGGAAACAACGCUCAAAAGUGUGGAGGAGACUCGACGCUGUCCGUCUGGGAGGACAAGACCUACCCCAAGAAGCCCGAGGAGGUCUCUGGUGAUGAUUACAAGGCUAUUGGCUGCUACACUGACGACACGAACAAGGGAAGGACCCUGUCCUGGCCCGUCAACGUCGACUCGGCUUCCAUCACACCCUCGUCAUGUAUCGCUGCCUGCAAGGCCAACGGAUUUGCCUAUGCCGGAACCGAGUUUGGAGGUGAAUGCUGGUGCGGCUCUUUCCUGAACCCGGCCACCCAGGCUGUCGAUGCCUCGCAGUGCAACAUCCCUUGCCACGGAGACAGCUCUGUAUCUUGCGGCGGCCGCGGUCGUUUGACCGUGUACGAGGCCAAGGUGCUCAUUUCUACGGAGCCUUGCAUCCCCGUGCCGCCCCCCAUUUCUACUUCGGUCGCACCGCCUGCCUCUACCGCCGGCCCUGGCACAUCUGCAGCAUCGUCCGCCCCAGGCUCGUCCGGCGCUCCCGGAUCAAGCGUGCCCGCUUCCAGCAAUUCCGGUGUACCUACUCUUCCCGGAACAGGUGUUCCGUCUGAGUGCUCUGCCCCGCCUACUGUCACUGUCACCGUGACGCCGUCUUCCACUGGGCCUGUGCCUACCGGGCCUGCUUCAUCGGGUCCCGAGUCUAGCGGUCCGGGUUCGACUGGUCCUGGCUCGACUGGUCCGGGUUCGACUGGACCAGAGUCCAGCGGCCCAGCCUCUACCGGUCCCCAGUCCUCCGGCCCUGAGACCACUGGCCCAGCUUCGACUGGCCCGGUUCCCACCACUACGCCAGCUACUUGCACAACCGUCGUGACCGGCAGUGACUGUGGACCUGCUGCCACUACAGCUCCUAACCAGUCAACUGGCCCCUACACCUCUGGCCCAGUUCUUCCCAGCGGCGUGGUCACAUGCACAAAGACGUUGACUGGUAGCGAUUGCCCGCCUGCUCCUACCGGAACUGGUCCUGUGCCUACCGGUCCCGAGACCACUGGCCCUCAGCCUUCUGGCCCCGAGACCACUGGUCCUCAGCCUUCUGGCCCUGAGACCACUGGACCUCAGCCCUCCGGCCCUGAAACUACUGGUCCCCAGCCUUCCGGCCCUGAGACUACUGGUCCUCAGCCCUCCGGUCCCGAGACUACUGGUCCUCAGCCCUCCGGCCCCGAGACCACUGGUCCUCAGCCUUCCGGACCUGAGACCACUGGACCUCAGCCCUCCGGCCCCGAGACUACUGGUCCUCAGCCUUCCGGCCCUGAGACCACUGGCCCUGUCCCUACUGGUCCCCAGACUACCGGCCCUCAGCCUUCGGGCCCUGAGACCACUGGACCUCAGCCUUCCGGUCCUGAGACUACCGGUCCUCAGCCUUCCGGCCCUGAGACUACCGGCCCUCAGCCCUCUGGCCCUGAGACUACCGGCCCCCAGCCUUCCGGCCCUGAGACUACUGGUCCUCAGCCCUCCGGCCCUGAGACUACUGGCCCCGUCCCUACUGGCCCCCAGACUACUGGUCCCCAGACUACCGGCCCCCAGCCUUCCGGCCCUGAAACCACCGGUCCCCAGCCUUCCGGCCCUGAGACUACCGGCCCUCAGCCUUCCGGCCCCGAGACCACCGGCCCGCAGCCUUCCGGCCCCGAGACCACUGGCCCGCAACCCUCUGGCCCCGAGACCACCGGCCCGCAGCCCUCUGGCCCUGAGACUACUGGCCCCGUCCCUACUGGUCCCCAGACUACUGGCCCUGUCCCUACCACCACGCCUGCUACUUGCACAACUGUGCUAACUGGCAGCGACUGCGGACCUGCUCCCACUACCGCGCCUGGCCAGUCUACUGGAAUGGGAUCUUCCCCGUCGGGCCCGGCUCCUACAGGCCCAGCUCUUACCAGCACGGUUAUUACCUGCACCAAGACAUUGACUGGCAGCCAGUGCCCACCUGCUCCUACUACCACGCCCAACCAGUCUACUGGACCCUCGACUACCGGCCCUGCUCCCACCACAACACCAGAGACUACCGGCCCUGAGACUACUGGUCCUCCCGAGACCACUGGCCCAGAAACCACCGGCCCUCCCGAGACUACUGGCCCUGAGACUACUGGUCCUCCCGAGACUACUGGUCCAGAAACCACUGGUCCCCCUGAGACUACUGGCCCUGUUCCUACCACAACGCCAGAGACUACCGGCCCUGAGACUACUGGUCCUCCCGAGACCACUGGCCCUGAGACUACUGGUCCCCCCGAGACCACUGGCCCUGAGACCACUGGUCCUCCUGAGACUACUGGCCCUGAGACCACUGGUCCCCCCGAGACUACCGGUCCUGAGACUACUGGUCCUCCCGAGACUACCGGUCCUGAGACUACUGGUCCUCCCGAGACUACUGGCCCAGAAACCACUGGUCCUCCUGAGACUACCGGACCCCAGACUACUGGCCCAGUUCCUACUACCACGCCUACUAUUUGCACAACCGUCGUAACUGGUAGCGACUGUGGACCUGUCCCUACAGCUCCUGGCCAGUCCACUGGACCUAAUCCUACCGGCCCGGCUCCUAGCAUCAUUACAUGCACAAAGACUUUGACUGGUAGCCAAUGUCCUCCCACACCUACCACCACACCUGGACAGUCCACCACACCUGAGACCACUGGUCCGGCUCCCACGACCACUCCCAACCAGUCUACAGGCCCGGUUCCUACCACCACGCCUGUGACGACAUGUACAACCGUGUUGACUGGUAGCCAGUGCACACCCGCUCCCACCAUGCCUGGCGAGUCUACCGGACCUGUUCCCACGGGCCCUGCCACGAUUAUCACGUGUACCAGCACAUUGACUGGUAGCCAGUGUCCUCCUAAACCCACGACCACGCCUGGACAGUCAACCACACCUGAGACCACUGGUCCGGCUCCCACGACCACUCCUAACCAGUCUACAGGCCCGGUUCCUACCACCACGCCUGGCCAGUCUACCACGCCCGAGACCACUGGUCCAGUUCCCACUACCUCGCCUGUCACUACAUGCACAACUGUCAUAACUGGUAGCCAGUGCACACCUUCUGCUACCAUGCCUGGCGAGUCUACUGGACCUGUUCCCACGGGCCCAGCCACUUGCACAAGCACAUUGACUGGUACCCAGUGCACGCCUACUCCCACAGGUCCCGUGUCCACGGUCCCCGAGUCUUCAACUCCCGCCACCACGGUUCCCGCAUCGUCCACUCCUGCUACCACGGUACCAGAGACCACCGGUCCUGUUCCUACCACGUGUACAAGCGUAUUCACUGGUAGCCAGUGUGUACCUUCUGCUACCUUGCCUGGUGAGUCUACCGGACCUGUUCCCACGGGCCCGGCCACUUGCACAAGCACCUUUACUGGUACUCAGUGCACACCUACUUCCACAGGUCCCGUGUCCACGGUUCCCGAGUCAUCGACUCCUGCUACCUCGGUUCCCGAGUCGUCAACUCCCGUUACCACGGUUCCUGCAUCGUCUACUCCCGCUACCACGGUGCCAGAGACUACCGGCCCUGUUCCUACCACGUGUACAAGCGUAUUCACCGGUAGCCAGUGCACACCUUCUGCUACCAUGCCUGGUCAGUCCAGCGGACCUGUUCCCACGGGCCCGGCUACUUGCACAAGCACCUUCACUGGUACCCAGUGUACUCCUGCUCCUACUACCACUCCUGCUACCUCUGUUCCCGGGUCGUCGACUCCCGUUACCACGGUCCCUGAGUCUUCAACUCCCGCGACUUCAGUUCCCGAGUCAUCGACUCCCGUUACUACCGUCCCUGAGUCUUCAACUCCCGCUACCACGGUGCCCCAGACGACUGGCCCUGUCCCGACCACAUGCACAAGUGUAUUUACUGGUAGCCAGUGUACUCCCGUGCCUACUACCCCUGGACAGCCAACCGGACCUAGUCCCACCGGACCUAUUCCAACUGGACCGGUCACAUGCACGAGCACCUUUACUGGUAGCCAGUGCACUCCUACUCCUACCACUCCCGUCACGACUGUGCCCGAGUCUUCCACUCCUGUCACGACUGUGCCCGAGUCUUCCACUCCUGUCACGACUGUGCCCGAGUCUUCCACUCCCGUCACCUCGGUCCCCGAGUCGUCGACCCCCGUCACAACUGUGCCCGAGUCCUCGACUCCUGUCACCACGGUUCCUGAGACUACAACUCCCGUCACCACGAUCCCUACCAUUCCCGCUACUACGGUUCCAGAGACUACUACUCCUGUCUCCACGGUCCCAGUAACCACCCCAACUACACCGGUCCCGAUUACAUCGACGCCAACUACACCAACCACGGGCUUCAGCACCACGACGCUCUGCACAACCACCGCCACUACGACUCCGGACUGCGAGUACCAGAUUGGAGACUGGUGCGCUCCCCCGGUGCCAGACUGGCACGACAAGCUUGGCUGCAUCAAGUCGGCCGCCGUGUGCAAGCUGCAGUGGGCUUCCUGCUUCAAGAAGGCCGGUCUCACCGGCGCCAUCGGCUGCUUCAAGUACGUCGAGUUCUGCAAGUCCAUCGAGCUCUCCUGUCUCAAGUGCGUCCUCGGCAAGUGCGACAAGAGCGACUGCAAGCCACCGACCGUGUCCGUCACCACCAUCGUCACUCCUUGCGAGCCGACGGCGACCAACCCGCCGACACCACCGCCCACCGUCUGCCCCCCCAAGCCGACCAACAUCUGCAAGGACACUGGCUCCAUCUGCGGCGUCCCGCUGCCCAUUGUCAGCUGCAACGACGACAAGAGUCAGUUUGCCGCCGCGCCCUUCAAGCUUUACAACGACGCGGAUACCAGCAAGUGCCCGAUCUUCCCGCACCCAGAGGUUCCCAACGCUUGCGCCGAGGCCUGCAAGGAACAGUACGACCAGUGCACCAAGACCAGCCUCUGGAGCUGCCACGGAUUGAAGCGCUCCGAGUCUGCCUUUGAGGAUGACUUUGUCGCCCCGACCGCCAACGAGGGGCCUCACCGUCGCACGCUCGGCCUUCUUACGCAGCUCAAGUGCAAGAAGCAGUACUCUGCUUGCGUGGCCGCCAACAAGUACAUCGACACGUCCAACCACUGCAGUUCUUGGGAAGGAUGCUACUAG